CCUUCUCUUCCUUUUCCUCAAGGUAUUCAGUAGUCAGCAGGGACACUAUCAGCGUUGGAAAGUAGGUCUGAGCUGGGGAAAAUGCAGGUCUUGGGUGUAAUUUCGGUCAUAUUAGCAGUAUGCUGCGUAAAUGCAACGGUUUACUUUCGGGAGGAGUUUCUGGACGGCGAUGAAUGGAAAAGUCGCUGGGUGAACUCCAAACACAAGUCUGACUAUGGAGAGUGGAAACUGACGGCUGGGAACUUCUAUGGAGAUGCUGAGAAAGACAAAGGUCUCCAGACAAGCCAGGAUGCUCGUUUCUAUGCUACCUCUGCCCGCUUUGAGCCUUUCAGCAACGAGGGCAAGUCUUUGGUCAUUCAGUUUACAGUCAAGCAUGAGCAAAAGAUCGACUGCGGUGGUGGCUAUGUGAAGGUCUUCCCUGCAGAUUUAGAUCAGGCUGACAUGCAUGGAGACUCCUCAUACUACAUCAUGUUUGGUCCUGAUAUCUGUGGCUACAGCACAAAGAAAGUCCACGUUAUCUUCAAUUACAAGGGCAAGAAUCAUCUCAUCAAGAAAGAGAUUAAGUGCAAGGAUGAUGAGCUGUCCCACCUGUACACACUGAUCCUGAACCCAGAUCAGACCUAUGAGGUGAAGAUUGACAAUGAGAAGGUAGAAUCUGGCAGUCUGGAGGACGACUGGGACUUCCUGCCUCCCAAGAAAAUUAAGGACCCCGAAGCUAAGAAGCCAGAGGACUGGGAUGAUCGUGCCAAGAUUGACGACGCUGAUGACACCAAGCCUGAGGACUGGGACAAACCUGAAAAUAUUCCAGACCCUGAUGCUAAAAAGCCUGAAGACUGGGAUGAGGAUAUGGACGGAGAGUGGGAACCACCCAUGAUCCCCAACCCAGAGUACAAGGGAGAAUGGAAACCCAAACAGAUUGACAACCCCAACUACAAAGGACCCUGGGUGCAUCCUGAAAUUGACAAUCCUGAAUACAGUCCUGAUUCAAACAUCUACAAGUUUGACAACAUUGGUAUUUUGGGUCUUGACCUUUGGCAGGUGAAAUCUGGAACCAUCUUUGACAACUUCUUGAUCACAGACGAUGUGAAGGAAGCAGAGGACAUUGCAAAGGAGACAUGGGGCGUGACAAAGGAACCAGAGAGGAAAAUGAAGCAGGAGCAAGACGACCUGAAACGAAAAGAAGAGGAGGAGAAGAACAAAGAACAAGACACUGAAGCUGAUGAUGAUGAAGAUGAAGACGCAGAUGAGGAUGAAGAAGAAGAGGAUGAAGAAACAAAGGAAGACAUAGAGGAGGCACGUUCAGACAUGGAAGAAGAGGAAGCAAAGCCUAAAGAUGAGCUUUAAGGAAGUAUGGCCAGAGAUUUUGUCUGUCCCUCCAUUAGAAACUCUGUCUGGUAUUUCCCAGGGGUAUUGUGGCUGCUGUGCAUCCUUUCCCUGAGAACUGGACACAACAGGGUGGGGUGGGGGUGUCAAAUGUAGUGAAGUGGGGGCAGGUGUUAAUGGAUUUAGUUUCUCUUUCAUUUUGGUCUUGAAGUUUACCCUGUUGCCCCUGAACAGCUGGAUUGAUUGUAAGGUUUUCCACCUCCAAAGUCCAUUCCUCAUUUUGUAAUAACAGGCAAUAAGGAGGCACUGACAUCCACUGUUUUCUUGAUUUUUCUUGAUCUACACGUCUAUUUUAUUUGCAGACUCCCUUGCACAUUUUCUCAUUUGUCAUGUUAUUUUGACAGUUGACCAGAACCUGUGAUAAAAAAUGUCAUAAAUAUGACAAAGUUAGAUCUGCAGAGAAUAAGGAUUAUACAUUCAAAAUACACACAAAAUACAGACAGAAAUCAAGAUGACUGUAAUGUAACUUAUUUUGGUGAUGUCUUUGGCACUGACUUUUUAUUUUCUUUUCCAUGUUCUUUGAGGUAUAAUUGAAUGAAAUCUAAGUGCACAAUGAUGUUGUUUAAAUGGCAUGAAUUCAACACGUCUUCAUGCUAAUGUGAUGGGACCUGCAUUAUAUCCUGAAAGUCUGGUGAAACAGAUGGGGAGCCCCUGGUGUGACUCAUGACAUCACUAAGGUCACAUGUUUAUUUUUAUUGGACAGAAUGUUAUUGAUACCAAAGUUUUUAUUAAAAGAUUAUAACCUUA